AAGUUCAUCGUCCGCAUCACGCCUGACACCCCCGCAGCUACUUCAAGAUGGGCAAGAACGACAAGAAGCCGGCCGACAAGAAGGACGGGGGCAAGUCUGCCGGCGGGAAGAAGGGUGCUAAGGGUGAGAGCGAUGACAAAGGUGGCAAGGCGGCCAAGGGCGCGCAGUCUAUCAACGUCCGGCACAUCUUGUGCGAGAAGCAUGCCAAGAAGGAGGAGGCUCUGGCUAAGUUGAGAGACGGGACCAAGUUUGAUGAUGUGGCGAGAGAGUUCUCCGAGGACAAGGCGAGACAAGGUGGUGCUCUGGGCUGGAAGACAAAGGGAAGCCUGGACCCAAAGUUUGAGGACGUUGCAUUUGCCCUGAGUGCCAGUACAACGGCAAGCCCCGUUUACGGAGAGGCCAAGACGGAGUUUGGAUACCACAUCAUCAUGGUCGAGGGAAGGAAAUAGGCAGACCAUACCACAGUUCUCAUCAAUCGCUUCACAUCAACAUCGAUAAUGCACACGUUUGUU